AGAAAACUUUCCUGCAUUCACUGACGAGAAUUUACUGUAAGUCGUCCAUACAGCGUACGAUCGAAGUUGAAGAAGCUGAAAAUGUGAUUUUGUCGUGCAUGAUAAUUACUGACAGAACGAUCGAGUCAUGAUAUAGGAUCGUGUACUUCUCAGGAAGUCCACGACAUGGCAUUGUGCUUCUCUUCUGGGUCUGUCAUGUGGUCUCUGGACCAACUCAACUGCGCGGGGGUUCACGUCCAUGUGUGGGAGGAUUGAAGAAUCAGACUGUAGGUAGAAGCAUGAAGGUAAAAUUUGAAGAUGCAUGAACGGGGAUCUCUCCCAGAAGCUGUACACGCAAAGGAGUGGACGACCUUCGGAAAAGCAACGGGCCCGUUUCCUUGCCUGCAUGCGCCUGCCGGUCGAGAAAGCGUUGAUCAUGCUCGCCUCCAUAUUCCCAAGUAUACUGCUCGCACAAGGAAAACGCGAGUGUACAGACACCAGAUGCCGUAGCAUGAUCCAUGGCCUUGUGUGAAGCAGGAGAAAAGGGGUGGGAAGCACCGGAGCACUCGCUUUUGUCCCAUCAUCAGGGAGGCAGGGCAGGGCAGGGCAGGGGGCAGACGCAGAUGAAGACCGAGUACCUGCCCGUUUUUAGUAACAAUGAAGGCGGUCCUUUUGACAACAGUGAAUUGUUGACCUUGGUCUUAAAAGUGCAGCGUAAAGGCAGGUUCGUCCUGGCCUCAAGUGCACCUCCCAUUCAGGUAUACUGCACUGACGUCGUUGGACCUGCUGAAUGGAGGUUUGCUAAAGACGCACUGAGAUUGUGUGUAUUAAUAGACAAAGCAGAUCGAUAGGUUGUGGUGAUCAACGCGGAAACAGCAGACUUUUCUUCGUUUGGAGUGAAGCUGUCUACCUGAGAAACUUUGGAAUUUUCGCUACAUUCAAGGAGGAGAUCGUCAUCAGUGCACGAGAUAAGAAUGCGAGAGAAGUGGGUAAGGUCGACGAUUUUUUUAGGCUUGGUUUCUCAUGGCUCUGGGAUGUUGGUUCGAGUUAAUAUCAGUGUGCAGUCCGACACCAUAGAUUCUCAUCUCCUUUGGGCAAAGCUUUUCGGUGCCACGAGGGGCGGGCACCUGCCACAGUGCCCAUCGACAUAGUCCUAAAGCGGACACUCCGAAAUCUUUGCUCUUUCCCACAACUUGGUACAUGCAAAUUACUUGACGUGUCAGCAACGUAUCAUCGGCAGAUCCCAUUAUGGCUUUCAAGCUACAGUUCUGUCAUGGGAGGACGCACAUUGUGAAGGACUUUGCAAACAGGACGUUUGUUUUGGACAAGCAUGCAAUAGAACGAGGCGCGAGAGGCCUCUUGAAGCUACUACAUGUACUCCUUCCUCAAGCAAGAAGGUUCAGUGUGAUAGAUGGUAGGCAUACAUCUCUGAAUGUUUUUUUUUGUUGCAUCGUUCUGAAUACGAGUCAGCUGACCGAAAACAAGCUCGAUCAGAUGGCUCGUAUGACGUUGUAAGCUUUCAGAAAAUUCCAUACGAGCCAUCAGAUCGUAUGGAAUCUUCUGAAGCUUAACUACAAGGGGAACGGAACUGAGUCAUGCAUAGCAACUCUUCCUCAUGCAGGCCUUGUGGCGUCUUCUUACGUUGGCCACGGUUGGGCUCUUUCCUUUCCAUGAAUGCUUGUAUGCUUCUGUUUCAGACUUGGCCCUCGUUCCAACAGUCAGGUGACGACGACUCACCUAACCGCAGAGUGAAACAGAGCUCAAGAUAGCACCAUUUCAUCAUGCCGGAAUUUGGACACAUCUUCUGUCAAGUCUGAAAAGACGUACUCUGUCUUUUCGCUGAAGAACGAACGAGCGAGCCAGCCCGGGGACCUCGGCCUCGUUCAGACUUUCAGGUUAUGAUUUAGGUGGGUCUUAGGUGGAAUCGAUACCGUGACAAAGGUAGACCAUGGAUCAUUGUCUCUGUAACCUCUGUACUAUCCAUGUCUGCCUUUUCGACGCUCAUUCAAUCCACUAUUCCACGAGCACUCUGUUACACUAUGUCACCAUGACCCGAUCGGAUCCGUUCUCACCUCGAUCGGUUUUUAGCCAAAUAAUGAACUCGGCUUCAUGAAUGGGCCUCCACAGCAAGCCAGGCAGCAAAGCACAUGGAGCUCAACACCCCCGCACAUGUCUCGCCCAGAACUGGGCAGCGUGGCCAAAAGCUGACGGCCUUGCCAAUGAGCACUUUUCGCUGCGCAUUUCUCGAGUACACUGGUUCGUCUCCUUCCUCCUCGACAGCAGCAGCAGCAGUGUGACCUUGCCCUCGGGAGACAGCAGCCGGGGACACUUAAUGAUGCUGUUCGGUCCUCUGAUCGUCCGAGACAGAGACAGCCUUCACGACGAUCGUGGGCUCGAGAGAUGGAAAGGUCAUCAAAAGCUUACAUGUUGUACGCAGGUGACAUAAUCAUACCCCAACCGCACACGCGAGAAUUGGCGCUCCAUCGCCCCACCCCACGCUCGACACGGCCCAACAUGUCCAGAAUGUGCGAAAUCAGAAUUUGCAGAGCGCGAUGUUGGACCUUUGCACGUACGAGGCCCCAUCGGGCUCCGUCCGGACGUUGGCUUCACAUGUGACAUGUGCGCGCUCACGACAGCAGCCGGUGUACUGAACGAAUUCAAACGAAAAAUGAGUUCUUCGUUUGCAUGCCAUUGGGAAGAGUCUAAUUUGG